AUGAGUGGGUUGAAGAGGCCAAAGCUUGUAUGCAGGCUCGUCACCUGUCUGUUUCUGAUCAAGCUUUCUUCUUGUUUGACCACUUGGAGGGGGAGGCAAGGGAAGAGAUUAGGUACUGUUCUGAGAUUGAGCGAAAUGAUCCAGAUAAAAUUAUUUUGGUGUUACGGGAAUUAUAUGGUUGCUCACAGUCAUAUGUCUCAUUACAGGAGGCAUUUUUUUCUAGAAAGCAGCAGGAGGGUGAAUCAUUGUUGGAGUUUUCCCUAGCUUUGAUGGGUCUCCUAGAACGUGUGACGCAGCGAUCGCCGUAUGUUAUGCCAAAUUCACAAGUUUUGCUACGCGAUCAGUUCAUUGAACAUGUUUGUGACGUGGCCCUUCGCCGAGAAUUAAAACAGUUAAUACGUCGUCAGCCAAUGUUAACAUUGUUGGAAGUUCGAAGCGAAGCUCUUAGAUGGGAAAGGGAGGGAAUGUUGGGGAGUACGAGAGGACGAAGCAAUUCCGUUCCAUCCGCCUAUGGGAUUCAGUAUGGUGUACAAGGUGAGUCACGGGUGGGUAGAUUUCCUCAGCGCUCUGAACUAGGUGAACUGAGGGAAAUGCUGAGAUCACAGCAAGAGCAAUUAAAUAAGCUAACUCAAAAUUUUGCUCGCUUGCAGGCCCCUCAGUCACGUAGUCAGCCUCCUCACCGCGGCCCCAUUAUAUGUAGGAGGUGCCAACGACUUGGCCACUUUGCUAGAGAGUGCGAUGGGGAGCGUGUUCCCCCUCGUCCGCAACCCCCUUUGCCCACUGCGUCGUCAUCUGAGGGUAGACAGCCUGGUCCAUCUGCGUUGUCGGGAAACUAGUCCCCACCGUGUCGCCGAGCCAAGGCGCGGUUGGGGAAUUGACCGGCUCUAGUGUUUCAAGUAUGUCUCAUUUAAUGUCUUCAUGCCCGCACCUUGCUAUUCGAAUGGGUGGGGUCCAAAUUUCAUGUUUGGUCGAUACUGGCUCCAUGGUGUCCACAAUAACGGAAAGUUGGUUUCGGAAAUAUUUUGAACCAUGGGGUCCGGAUCGACUUAAGUCGUGCCAGUGGCUACAACUUCGGGCUGCAAACGGUCUUUCGAUUCCAUAUAUUGGCUACAUGGAACUGGAUGUCGAAUUGUGUGGGCAAGUGAUUUCGGAGUGUGGAGUGCUUGUUGUCCGGGAUCCUCCUGGUGGGAUUUGUGACCAAGUCCCAGGGGUACUCGGGAUGAAUGUCCUGAGCCGUUGUUACCAGGAGUUAUUUGGACAACAUGGCCCUGCUCUUUUCGAGUCUGCUGUAACCGUUGAGGCCCCUAGCUUUGUCAUGCAGGCACUUCAAUAUUGUCACCGUUUGGAAGACCAGGGUUCAGCAAGGCACCCUGGUCCGGUUAGGUUACGGGGUCGUGAGUCAUGUCGCAUCCCAGGUGGCACGAUGAAGUUUGUAGCAGCGACUUGUUCUGAACAAUAUGCAGCGGGGUUAGUACUGUUUGAGCCCCCAGAGUCUGGGUUGCCCGCGGGUUUGUUGGCUUCUCCAGCGCUGGUACAGGUCAUAAGAGGCACUGCCUACUUGCCUAUGGUAAAUGUGGGAACUGCGGAUGUUAUGCUGCAUUCUAAAACCGUUUUGGGAGUGCUAAAUAGUGUUUGUAUGGUAAGUCUGCCUGCUGGGGUAACUGAAGUGAAAUCUGUUGUAGCCACCGUAGGUUCCCAAGCCUUAGCUGCGACUGCCACUGUACAGGAACAGAUUGAAACAGUUGAUUUGUCUGUUUUGCCAGAAGUAGAACAGGGCCAGGUCAGGGCUCUUUUAUAUAAGUUCCAGUCAGUAUUCUCAUGCCAUGAUGGUGAUGUAGGAUGUACCAACUUGAUUUCUCAUGACAUUCCCUUGCUGGAUUCUGUCCCUGUUAGGCAGCGGUACCGGCGUAUUCCACCUUCGGAAUAUGAGGUGGUGAAGUCCCACAUUAACCAGUUGUUGGAGGCCAGCAUUAUUAGGGAGAGCUGUAGCCCCUACGCUUCUCCAAUUGUUCUUGUCAAAAAGAAAGACGGUACUUUGCGCAUGUGCGUUGACUACCGUCAGCUCAAUGCGAAAACAAGAAAAGAUGCCUUCCCGCUCCCGCGCAUUGAGGAAUCAUUGGACUCUCUGACAGGGGCCUGUUGGUUUUCCACUAUGGAUUUGGCUAGUGGGUACAACCAGGUCCCUGUCACUGACCAAGAUAGACCCAAGACUGCUUUUUGCACCCCUUUCGGGUUGUUUGAAUGGAAUCGGAUGCCCUUUGGGCUUUGUAAUGCCCCAAGUACCUUCCAGCGCCUAAUGGAACGGGUGUUUGGCGAUCAGCAGUGCAGUUCCUUACUACUGUAUCUGGAUGACAUCAUAGUGUUUUCUUCCUCAGUGUCUCAGCACCUAGAGCGGCUAGAAGUUGUCUUGAGUCGUCUGGAGCGGGAGGGGUUAAAGGCCAAAUUGAGUAAAUGUGCAUUUUUUCAACGGGAAGUCAGAUAUUUGGGACAUGUCAUUUUCGGCGCAGGGAGUGUCUACUGACCCUCGGAAAAUUGAGGCUGUAGCUAAAUGGCCAUGCCCCACCAGUGUGUCAGAAUUGCGUUCAUUCUUGGGUUUUAGUAGUUAUUACCGCCGCUUUGUGGAAGGGUUCGCAAAAUUGGCGGCCCCGCUGCAUA